UUUUGUUGAAAACUUAUUCUACCCUAGUGCACAAAGAGCAGCGUGUAUUGGCAGUCCUCCCCUGCUCACUGGGAGAGCGCAGCGCCUGCAUACAUAGACCUCUCCAUUUUACUCCAACUCCAAGCUUAUCCGCUGCAUGACCCUGCAUACCUCCACUGCUGCACUGACGUUUGCUGUUUGGUUCUUUGGCUACUUGUUGCACGUAGCCAAAAAGCCCGGAUAGUUGUCGUGGGGUGAAUGAAGAAAGUUGAGGUGUGCUCUGGAAAGUUUUGGCACGAUGAGCGCACGGACGAUCAACCUGGAUACCUACAGCCUGUCACUGCUCACGGCUAAAGAAGACAUCAUCAACCCACGCUCAUCUAUUAACUGGGCACUGUUCAUCUAUGAUGGAAUCAGCAACAAGCUCCGACUGGCUGAAUCAGGAGCGGGGGGUGUGGCAGAACUGGCAUCCAAGUUCCACAUCGCCAAGCCGCAGUACGGACUCUGUAGGAUGGGCAGCCCGGAGAGCGGAAGUCCCAGAACUGCUAUGAUUAUCUGGAUGGGUCAAGAUGUGGACGACUACAGAAGGACAGAAUGUGCCACCCAUAUCCCAGCCAUCAAAAACUUCUUCAAGGAAGUGCACGUGUUCCUCAAAGCAGAGAAGCCUGAGGAGGUCACGGAGGAGAGGAUCAGGGCUGAGCUCAGUAAAGCUCACACCAACUCUUCAUCACAGUGGCUGAGGAGGAGCUCGCAAUCAUCACUGGAUAGAAAAGAUGUUGUGGGCACAAAUUACAGAAAAACUAACGCUGCAAUGGAAAUGCGACUAGCGAACCGGGAUUCCUUUUGGGCACGAGCAGAGCGUGAAGAAGAGGAGAGAAAAGAGGAGGAGAGGAAGAGGGCAGCAGAGGAGAGACGAAGACUGGAGAGAGAACGAGCUUUGAAAGAAAAGCAAGAUGCAGAGGAGAGAGAUCGAAAAAUGAAUGAAAAGCUAAAAAUGAUAGAAGAGCAGAGAAGGAAAGCAGCGGAGCAAGAAGAAGAAGAACGCAGAAAAGAGAAGUUAAAAUGGGAGCAGCAGCAGAGGGAGCACGAGGAGGAGAUGAGAGCGCGCCUCAAAAGAAGUGAAUCGAUUGAGAAAGCAGCAGAAGCUGCAGCGUUAGUGUCCCAACGCACCAUGAACCCUCGAGAAUUCUUCAGACAGCUCUCCUCGUCUUCAUCACAGAGUCCCACCAGUCCCUCUCGCUCUGGUAAACCGUUCAGGCGUUACCAGCGCAGUCUGACGGACACAGCUUUCAUCUUCUCCAAAGCCGAGGAGAACUCUGCAACCUCCCCUUGUAGUUCUCCUCUAGUGUCCCCCUUCUCCAGAGCUGCUCCCUCUUCAUUCAACCGGGCCACUUCUCCACCCACAAGUCCAGUAUUUCACUCAUCCACCUCUCCACAAAGAACCACCCUAUCCCCGCCCCUGUCGCCCCUCCGUCCCGCCCCGCCGUCCUCCGUCCUGCCCAGUGUUCCAUUGGCUAACAUCCAGGUGAGGGGGAGGGCGCGGUCACCCUCAGAGCCCACCGCUCCACCGGCCUCGCCUACAUUACCGUCCACUGUGGGGACUUCUUCAGACGAGGCUAUACCAGGACUGCCACCGAUUGUCGCAGAGCACAACACUUUCAGUUUUGAACAAAGUGUUUCCCCGCCAGCACCGAGGGCUUCACUACCAGACCAAGCGAUAUCAGCUGCUGAGCUGGCCUCAGAAAUCAGCUACAAAGUACAGACUGUUCUCGUAGAAGAGGAUGAAGAGGAAGAGGAAGAUGUGAAGGAGAAAGAGGACACUCAACCUAAAACAGAACCACAGCCCGAUCCAGAAGAGUCUGCGGAGGAAAAUGAGACCCGAACACAACUAGAACAAGUGGAGACUAUUGAGGAAGAAGAGGUCACAGAACCAGAGGAGACUUCAGCAGAAAAGGAGCAGGACCAAACAGAGAAGAGGGUAAUGGAGGAAGUGCAUGGAGUCAUGGAGAACACAGAAGACACUGAAGCUGAGGUGAAGGAAGCAGAAGAAGAGACAGAGCAGAUUAUGGAGGAGGAACGUGUCUAUGUAACAUCAAAGGAGCCAGAGCAGCAAGAGAACGAGGAGAUGAUCGCUGAAGAUGGGCCUGACGAGUCAGAAUCGAACGAACCUGCUUUACUUACACAGCAUGAGGAAAGUUCAGAGAUUAUAGACCCCAUAUCUGAGGAGAGCCUGGGAAUCAAAUAUGUGACACCAGACCUGGGAAUUAACGUGAUCACAAAUGGAAACUCAGUGGAGCACAAUGGAACAGAUCACUCUUUAAGCCCUUCUGAUCCUGAGUUGGACAGUCCUGAGCUUGCAGUAUACUAUAAUGUGCAGGAGGAGGAGGAUGAUGAAGAGGAGGACGAUGUUUGCAUCCAAAAAUAUAUCACAAUCUCAGACAAUGGAGAAGAGGUGUUAACCGAGCCACAAACAUGUGUCCGAGCGUUGUACGACUAUCAAGCAGAGGACGAAUCAGAACUCUCCUUUGAACUCGGUGACAUCAUUAGGGAUGUGGAGGCCGUGGACAAAGGCUGGUGGAGAGGUUGGAGCCAAGAUGGCCGACAAGGCUUGUUCCCAGCCAAUUACGUCGAGACCAUAUCACCACAAUGACUUCGCGACACACCCGUAUAUAUAGACGCUCAGGAAAUUGCUCUUAUACUUCAUCCGCUCACUAGAACUACUUUGUGUUGCGUGAAACUUUCAAUAUUGUUUUAUCCUAGCAUGAAGCCGGCCUCAUUUGUUUUGUAUAAGACCUUUUCCCUUUUGAACCAAAAUAACUUAUUGUUGCGAUACACUCAAAAUGAGAGGGGGAACAAACGGAUGACAAAUGAUCACAAACUUGUUUUUUUCCCAUAACCAUUUUUUCACAUAACAAGCAUUACUUCCUACUCCCAAUUUGUUGUGUGUAUUUUAUAUAUAAAUUACUGCUUUCUUGGCUGGUAUGCCUAAUCACAUAUUGGAUGUCAUCUUAUUACCCUGAGACAUUUUGUAGAACUAUAUUUGUUUACAACAUUUUAAUUUACAAACAACAUGACAUAAAGAAGCACUGUGCUGUUUUUAUAUGUGUGUCUGUUUAGUAUGGGGUGUCUUUUUCAUAAUACUCUUUCAUUAUCACGUUCAUUUGUCUUUGUACAUUCAUUUCACUAAGUUCUGUAUGAUCCCAUUAAACUACACUGUAUAUAAGACUGUAUAGAAACACAAAAGCUUACUUAUACUAUUCCACUCUUGAAUGUCUUUCUAAAGUUCCAGAUGUACUGCACCUGAUAAUACUUUUAUUAAAAGUUUGUCUACUGUA